AUGAGUUCAAUAGAAGAUCGAAGAUUUACACUAUGUUUAAAAAAACCACCAGCUUUAAGAACCGAGGAGGAUUUAAAUGUUAUUUAUGCUUUUCUCCAUGGAAUGGAAGCAUUGUCAACUUUCCGUGAAGCAGCAAUUAGAAAUCUAUGUAAAUGUGUACGAUAUGAACAACAUGAGGCAAAUGAUAUUUUAUACUGUCAAGGAGAGAUGGCAUUAUGUUGGUAUAUUUUACUCACAGGAUCAGUUUUUAUAGAAGGUUCUAUGUUUUUACCCAGAUCUAGGAACCACAAAACAUAUUUCAGAACACCCCCAAAACUUUUAACUUAUGUGGAUUCUAAUCCUUUUGUAUACAUGAAAAUUCAGACGUUAGACUUUAAUAAAACAGUUUUUUCUAUGGAUACUUAUGAGGUCUGA